UACUCAAGUCCUAUUAUUUCUUUCCAAUUCUAUUCCUAGUCGGAUUUGACGUUGUUUCUUCUUUAAAUAAAUUAAAAGUUAGCAAAGCAAAUUCACAAAUCAAAAUCAAAACAAUGGAGGAAGUGAAACAAAUAACAGAGAAGCUACGGAACAAUCGAGCCCAAUAUGUGGGUCGACGUAAAUUUUUCAACAAAUUAGAGAUAGAACAGAGUAAAAAACGUGAAGAAGCGAAAUCCCAGCAACAUAAUAAUCAUAAAUCUUACUUGUCAACUGAUAAUAUCAAAUCGGAAUCUUCUUCAUUAGUUUCCCUUCCGCUACAACAAGUUGUUCGCCGCCUUAGGGUUUUGAAACAUCCUGUAACUUUAUUCGGAGAAGAUGAAGAGGCAAGGUUUGCUAGGUUGAAUCUUGUGUUGAAAGCUGGAUUGUUUGAAGUUGAGGAUAGUGAUAUGACUGAAGGGCAAACGAAUGACUUUUUGAGAGAUGUUUUGGAGUUGAAGAAGUCACGGAUGUUGAAGCGGAAAGCCACAGAUCAGGAUAAAGAUGGUGAAGAUUUGAAGAGGAUGAAAACUAAUUUUGAGGAUUUGUGUGAUGAGGAUAAGAUUUUGGUGUUUUACAAAAAGCUGUUGAAUGAGUGGAAUCAAGAGCUUGAUGAGAUGAGUUCUGAGGCUAAAAACCAGACAGUGGUGGCUACUUUUAUGCAGUGUGCUAGGGAUUUGAAUCCGUUAUUUGAUUUAUGCAGGAAAAAGUUACUUAAUAUUGACAUUAGGAAAGCAUUAGUUGUGAUGGUUGAAUGUUGUAUGAAUAGAGAAUAUAGUGCUGCAAUGGAUCAAUAUCUUAAUAAGAUAGCAAUUGGUAAUGCACCUUGGCCUAUUGGUGUUACUAUGGUUGGUAUUCAUGAACGAUCAGCGCGUGAGAAGAUUCAUACAAAUAGUGUUGCUCACGUCAUGAAUGAUGAGACAACAAGGAAGCUUCUGUAUUCAGUUAAAAGACUGCUGACAUUCUGCCAACGACGCUACCCAACAAUGCCAUCCAAAUGUGUGGAGUUCAAUAGCCUUGCAAAUGGCAGUGACUUGCACUUUCUGCGUGCACAAGAGUCAACUUCUCAAACCUCAGAAGAAAGGCUUCCAAUAAUCCUUAUGCCUGCACAAGGAACAUCUUUAGUUUAAUUUGCUUUUGAACUCUGUUUAAUUCUGUGUGUUGAUUUUACCUGCGACAGACUAAAGUGGUUUACUUUUUCUCCUUGAAGUUGAAACUGCUCCUAUUAAAAGUUCUUAUAUCAAUUGGUGAAGGUAACAUGAAAAAGUUUGUACAUAUAUAUAGCUGCUGUUAUACGAUAAAAUUAAUUAACAUUCACGGAAUCUUAAUUGUGUUAAUAUUUGUGUUAGUUUUCCAUAGCCAUAGAA